AUGCGAUUGUCUCAAACUUUGAUAGCGUUUUUUCUCUUUGUUUCCACUAUAAUUGCACAUCCUUUAACCACGGAAGGGGAGGACGAAGAUGCUAAGAAAUUGGAACAAGCAUUUUCAUUACCUGAUCUCGUCAAGCUAAAGGAUAACAGUGUCCCCUCUCAUUGGCAGCUCAGUGAUUCGACCAAAUUGAACGAAGGUAGAGUGAUUCUAACUCCACAAGUCAACUCCAAAGGUUCUCUCUGGUUGAAAAAUGCAUACCCAUUGAAAGAUGCUUUUACGAUCGAAUGGACUUUCAGAUCAGUUGGCUUUGUCGGUAAAUCUCCCUUAAAUGGUCUUGCAUUUUGGUUUAUUAACGAAAAGGGCCUCAAAGAUGAUCAUAAUUUAUUUAAUGGUCCAUCUAAAUUUGAUGGGUUAAAUUUCGUAGUGGAUUCCAAUGGUCCAACGGGUCCCUCUAUUAGAGCUCAAUUGAAUGAUGGAUCGGCAUCCUUCACUAAUGAAAUUGUUUAUGAUCAAUCAUUUGCUUAUUGUUUAUUUGGAUAUCAGGAUUCCUCAGUACCUUCCACUAUAAGAUUAACUUAUGAUAGAUCCGAUGAUAAUUUAUUGAAAUUACAAGUGGAUAAUAGAGUUUGUUUCCAAACCAGAAAGAUUCAAUUACCUGAAUCGAAAUAUAAGAUUGGUGUUUCUGCCACUGUGGGGAAAGAUUUAGAAUCCUUUGAAAUUCUAAAGAUGAAUUUGUAUAAUGGUGUUAUUCAUGAUUCUUUAAUCCCCAAUGUUAAUGCUAUGGGUCAACCUAGAUUUGUGACCAAGAUGAUAGAUACCAAGACCGGGAAGGAAAAACUUGUAGAUAAGGAGACUAAGAAUAUGCUGGAGGAUAAAGUUACCAACUAUGAGAUUAUGAAAAAGUUGAAUCGUGUAGAGGGUAAAGUGUUGGCUAAUGAUAUCAGUGGGCUGGAAGAACAAUUGAAUCAAAUUAUUAAGUUGCAAAGUGAUUUAAUCAAAUAUAUGGAACAAUUUUCCUCUACAGUCAACUCACAAUUGAAAGUUUCAGGAGGUGGUGAAACGGGGAAGGAAACUUCGAGCGAACAAUUUAAAGAUUUAUUAAAUUUUAAUGAAAACGUUAAAAAGAUGCUGGAUGAGACGGAAAGAUUGAGAGAGCAGAAUAAGAAUGUCAAUUUACAAGGCCCUCACAUUGAUGAUAUUGUAGCGCGACUAGCCGUGUGGCUAGUGCCACUAUUUUUAAUUGUUGCCGUAGUAGCCUAUUACACUUUCAAGAUCAGACAAGAGAUUGUGAAGACGAAAUUGUUGUAG